CGGGGGCGUGCCCCAGCCGGCUCGGGUGCGGCCGCCCCGGAAGUGACGUGAUGCCCCGCUGGCCGUGCGGAAGUGGAGAUGGCGGGGCUGUACGUGAAACCGGGCAACAAGGAGCGGGGCUGGAACGAUCCGCCGCAAUUCUCAUACGGGCUGCAGACCCAGGCUGGCGGACCCAAGCGCACGCCGCUCACCAAGAGGGUCGCCGCUCCCCAGGAUGGAUCCCCCAGAGUCCCCACCUUAGAGACAUCUCCUGGGCCCCCCCCAAUGGGGCCUCCACCUCUGUCAAGUAAGGCUUCCAGACCCCCAUUUGUGGGGAGUUGUCCUCCCUCCAGCAUGGAGCCCACAAAUUUCCCAGUCGUUGAGUCUGAGAUUCUGCUGGAAGAUGUAUUGAGACCUUUGGAACGGGCAUUGGAGGAUUGCCGUGGCCACACAAAGAAGCAGGUAUGUGAUGACAUCAGCCGACGCCUGGCUCUGCUGCAGGAACAGUGGGCUGGAGGGAAGCUGUCAAUGCCUGUAAAGAAGAGGAUGGCUCUGCUGGUGCAAGAGCUUUCAAGCCACCAGUGGGAUGCAGCAGAUGACAUCCACCGCUCACUCAUGGUUGACCAUGUGACUGAGGUCAGUCAGUGGAUGGUGGGAGUUAAAAGAUUAAUUGCGGAAAAGAGGAGUCUGUCUUCAGAGGAGGAGGCCAAUGAAGAGAAAUCUGUAGCCACAGCUGAGCAGAACCAGACCGUGCCAGGCAUCCAACACGAUCCUUAAUCUGUGGGUUCCCCAGACUGAUCUCACACCAUCUCUUAUGCCUUGGCAUGGGAGGCCUUCCCUAACUUGGCUCCCUUUUACCACUUGGGAUACUGUCUGCCCCAUUGGGGUGUUUGGCCUGACCCAUCUCUGGGGGAAGAGGUCCCUCCUGGACCACAGGGAGGCCGCUUGUUACCCAUACCAUAUGAAUUUCAAUAAAAACAUCUCAAUGUGGUGGGACCUGGGUAGGAGAGAUGAGCCCUUCCUCUGCCAAA